AUGGGCAACUCCGGCAGCACAGCUCCCGCGCGUCUAGGAAAGACCCAUGUUCCACAUUUGGAAUGGAAGGUGCAUGACUUCUCAGCGCUGCUUGAGACGAAAGCUACCUCGGCGAUAUCUUCUUUUUUUCACUGCUCUGGGUACAAGUGGUGCCUGCAAGUGACUCCAAAGCACAAUCAAGAUGCUCAAGUGUCUCCAAAUCGCAAACAAGAUGAUAAAGGAAAUCCAUAUGUUGCUCUUUCUCUUAUGAUAUUCCGGGAAGGCUUGGAGCCAGGUCACACGGUGCAUGCAGUGUUUGAGUUGUCAAUAUUCAACCAUUCGAAAGGAAUGUAUCGUGGAUGCAAAGCUAGCUACAACUUCAAUGUCAAGAAUACCUACUCGAACAAGGAAUGCUUGAUUCCUCUUGAGGAGCUACUGAAAUCAUCUGCUUUUCUAGUUGAUGAUAGUUGUGUCUUUGGUGUGGAGAUAUUAAAAAUUGACGUCUCUUCUUCCGAAAUGAAGUCUGUCGUGGUUCAGAAAAAGGCUAUCACAGUUCAGAACCUCUUUGUCCAGAAGAAGGGAUUCAUGGAAGGGACAUACACUUGGACCAUGAACAAUUUCCUAGAAUUGGACUCUCAGCACUUUGUCCGUUCUCCUACAUUUGAAGUUUGCGGGCAUAAAUGGUACAUGGGCAUGUAUCCGCGUGGUGACAAGAGCAGCACUGAUUGCCUCGCCUUGGGUUUGUACCCGGAGUCCUCGGAUGAGCUCUUUAUCGAGUCCAGGAAGGUGCUUCGAAUGAGUCUGUCCAUCCUGGACCAAAAGAAUGGAAAAUACUUAAGAAGAACUUCAGGUCUCUUGGUGUGUUUUAGUCAAGGCUGGUCAUGGUCCGACUUCUUGCCGCUCAAGGAACUCCACGAUCUGUCAAGAGGCUAUCUUAUAGAAUCGAACUGCGUCGUCAAGGCUGAUCUUACUAUCUUUGGGUCAUCCAGUGAUGGCUAG